AUGAAAAGUAGAACAGCUAGUAAAUUCCCGUUCAGUGAAAGUGACAACAAAUGGCUCUUUGAUACUACCAGCCUCAUUAAAUAUGGGCUAAAUUUGAGUAUCCAAUUUGCUUCCAUUAGAUUAAGUGACUUUGAUUCAUCAAAACAGACCGAGAGGAAAAGACGGCCACUGGUAGACGAUAGUGACUACGAAUCUGAUAGCGACAGUAUAAUGGAUUACGAACACGAACCGCCUAGUCCGAUCUUGGUUCCUUUUGAAGCCCCCAAAUCUUCGAUUAGAAGGUCAAGCUUUGUUAAAAAUGAAGAAGGAGAUCCCUCUUCACUACAAAUCUGCCACAACAAGAUCGAAAACAUCAUUAACGAAUUUUUUCCAGUAGUCAAUGAUAAUACCUACAUUACCAUCAAGAAUUUUGUGUGCAACUGCAUGCUUCAACAAGAAACAGACAUUAAAGAGUUCCUAUGUAGGAUCGUCAAUCACAGACAUAGAAACGACCUUGCAGACAUUAUUCGUACGAUAUUUAUUGAAAAGUUUGAGGAGAUAAAAUUGGAAAACUUGAUUGAUUACUUCAAUAAUUUCCUAAAUUUGGCAGGCAACGUUAAUUCUUUGCACAACCCACAUUUUUACGAGCAGUAUUACAAAAUAUGGAAAUUCAAAGCUGAAGACUACUUAUCAUACCACGAGGAAUACUUUUUUGCAUACUUCAACAAUGGCGGAAAAGCACCCGUCACUGCCGAGCACAUUUUAUUACAGAAUGGGUUUUUGAUAAAUUAUGCCCGUUUCAGGUCAUAUUUUGCUUAUGAUGCUUUGCACUAUGAAGAUGAGUGGGAAGAAGACAACUGUGACGAAGUAAGCCAAUCUUCCACCCCUUCUCGUCAAGGACUGGUUGGCAUUCCCCCGAUGGUACUAGAUUCGGCCCAAAAACAUCUCCGGUUUAAUGAAGAGGUGGAUUUAAUCAGUAUAAACCGUCUACUACCGGUAGACCACGUCUUGUACGAAAAGUUAUCAAAAGAGUUGUAA